UAAUAUUCUAUCGCAAUGGAUGAAGAAUCAUUACGCCGUAAGACCUUAGUUGAAUUGAAAGCCCUGCUCUUGGAGAAGGGUCUUAAGACCAAUGGCAAGAAGGAAGAGUUAAUCCAGCGCCUGCUGAGUGCUUUUAACAAUGAUGAGAAACCAGAUCCUGCGGACGACUCUGGCAAGGAUGCCCAAACAAACGCAUCGGCACAGCAUUCUAAAGUGACUCCUUCCCAAACCUCCGUCAAUGCUUUAGUGGAUGACAGUGUAAGCGUUGGGUCAAGCCCUUUGGUCGGCAGUAGUAGCUCUCCUGUAAACGAGCCCGAACAGAAGAAUGAUGGUAACGACUCUCACAAAGGUACCACCAACGGUGCUCUUAGUGAGGAAGAAAAGAGAGCCCUUCGAGCCAAGAGAUUCAAUCUUACCACUGAUACCAAACCUACUGAAAACAAGACCAAGCUCAGGGUGAAGAAACGUUCAAGAAAAAUGGCAAGAAACGUAGAAACUAAGAAUAAUACUAACAUAUCAACCAAGUCGUCUCCAGUUCCUAAUGGUAGAGGUAGAAAGCAGCCCUUGGCGAUGACUAACAAGGUGACCAAGGGUCCAAAUAACAACAGGCAAAAUCCUGUUAUGAACAAUAGACGUAUUAAUCCCAGGAGAAAUAACGCUAACAAGCAGCAACAGCAAAACGUUAAAAAUACUAACAACAAACAACAGGAUACUACAACAAAAACUGAGAAAAGAACACGUGUUGAUAGGCGACUUAAACAAAAAGGAGUUGAAGGUGGUGUUGAACUUGAUGAAGCAGAACGCGCUCGCCGUGCGAAGCGUGCUGCUCGCUUCAACCUAAAGCAGUGAACCCAUAUAUACACUUCAAAGGACUGAUGCGUCUUUCUGAUAAAAUGUCUAUCAUAGGUCUUUUUUACACG